UGGGCCGGCCAUCAGGCCGUGGAAACGGGCCGCACGGAUUCCAGCGACUAAACCCCAACUUAAAUAUCGUCUUUAUCUCCCCCCCCCCCCCCGCUUGAGGGAGGUAACUUGGAGGAGAAUGCGGGAGGGCCGAUUGAUGCCAUCCUUUGGAUAAAACAUUUAUACCAGAGAACUGGCUGGUAAGUGUGAAAGAUCCUAUGACGAUAAUUCAAAGAAGAUUAAGAAUGUCUCCCUAGUGUCCUGUCUCCCCUGUCGCUGUGCAUUUUCUGGACCUGGAGGCCAUGGCUGCAGUCAGCCUGAUGGUUCUUUAUGAGGAUGAUUCAGUAGAAGUGCAAUAUACAGAUAAUUCCUGUCUCCAACUCUCCCCUUGUGGUUCGGAAUUCCUGUUUGAGAAGGCCCCUGUACCAUCUAUGCAUCCUUUACAGAGUUCGUGCCGGAUCCGCCAGCGAACACCGUUCGUCAUCAGCAGCUACAAGGACCGGUUACUGCAAGCUCUGGAGUUCAGAAAUCAAUUUGCUUCUCGGCCUUAUCUCCCAGCAAGACUGAUUUCUGGAGACAAGCUAUCGAACCAGUUCCUUGACAUUUGUGAAGUGAAGUGGCCUGAAGGUGACGAAGACGGUGGAAUAACGGUUGCCGACAGCGGAUGGGUGACUGUCUCCUCUCUAGAUGGUCGCGCCUUCCUCAACCUGGCUCCAUCUCGACUAGAGUUCACUGUGGAAUUCCUGACACCAAUUAGCAAGACUGCUGCCACCAAGCCGUUCCAUAAACUGGACACAAGCAGCACCUCUGAUUCCCAAGACUGCCACAAUCUGGAGCAGGGCAAAUCCUCUGGAUUCGUUAUGGGCCAGAACCAGUCUGGGAAAAGAGCCCAGAGUUGUCAGAGCAAAGUAUGUGAAGGUGCAAAUCCUUUUAACCUGGGACAAAGUGGUAGAGGCUUGACUGAGAUCGGCUCCAAAUACAUGUGUCAGUACAAGUGGAUGGUUCAGCACCACACUGUGUCCUCUUGUCCGCAAGAAUGGCAUUGCCCUCUGAGACUUGCUCUUCACUAUGACUGUGAGCAGGAGAAAUCUUCGGGGCUUGAUGGGAUAGAUAACAAACAGCAGAGUGUUAAUGAACCUAUGACACCGGAAGUUUCUGGAGUGGCAGAACCAGCCACUACUCUUCCCAGAGUGUUGCCCUUGAACUGCCCAGCCCCGCACCUUCACAGGUGGCGCUUCAGGGACCUGCUGGGUCAGGGAAAGCUGGACUUGGAGACCUGUUUGCAUUCACAACAGGUGAAAGUAGUCUGGUGCAAAAGUGUACUGUACAGGGUAAUUACUGAUCCAGUGAACUCGGUGGAAGUUUACCCAGGAGAUGGUUCUGUUCUCAAACCCCAUAGUGGCAACAGCAACUACUUCACUCACUAUCUGCUGGGACAGAAUAAUGGACAGAGAGAAGAGAGAACAUACAUGGUGAGCAGCCUGCCUCCUGACACACCAAACUCCAAAUACUCCAUUUGCUCCAUGGUCUCACAGGCAGUCAGAAUCCUGCAGCGCUGUAAUCUGUCUCUGAAAGUGCCCAGUAUGUGCUGUUGGAAAACGGAGCUUUCCCAGCCAGGAGGUUUUAGCCAGCUCCCAUCACUUCUGGAGGAGCAGGAUGUUCAGAAUGUUGGACGAUUUUCAGCGUUUUCUAAUGGGCAAGUUCACAUCAGUUUCUGUGAUGGUGUAAGACUGAAUGCAUCCUGGAACUUUGGAUCUUGGCAUGGAGAAGAGAUGAAGACUCUAUCGCAGUCACGGAAACCUGUGCUGUCUCCUGUGGUACUCAACGAAACACAAACAGACCUGAUGCUUGGUUGGUGUCAGUUAUUGUUCCCAGAUGGGUCCUCCCAGUUGGUGCCAAUGUAUUCGGCUGGAAGAUAUCAGGGAUAUACCACUGCAGCGAUGGACUGGUGUCGGUGGGUGAGUAAAGGCAACAGGGAGAAAGCUUCAGCAGACCAUCCCAAUCCCCAGGUUAAUGCACAAGAUGAGAACAGAUCUAUCAUUGCAGAGCUUCAAAAAAUACAAAGGUUUAAUUUUCUCCUGGAGAACUCCAACUGUCUGAAGCACGUGCCCCCAUCGAAUGCCAAGUCUGACCUUUGCCAACCCACAGAGACCACCAACCUCUGUCCUCGAGCAAGGAACCAGAAUAUCGAGACAGUUCUGAAAAAUACAGGUCAAGCUAUCCAAGAGAUUGAGAUGCUGCUGGAGGCGAACAAGAAGGAUGGAAAUGAAACAAAGAAGAAGCAUUCAGCAGUCAUGGGAGAGCAAAGAGAUGCAAUUGGAAGUCUUCCACUGCUGCAGCAAGGACUGCGUCUCUGAGACCUGUCUGUCUCUGUUGCUGUUUUAUAAUGGUGAGCAGUCAGAAAUACAAUGCACUUUAUGACUGUGCGUCUUUAAUGAUAACCCACAGACUUGACUUCAUGUUCCCCUAGCUUAUUGUACGCUUAAAAAUGCAGAAUCCUCAGCAGUGAUACCCUUGACCUGUAAUUCAGAAACUCGAUAAGCAGGUCUUAUAGUAACUCGGGGACCUUUUCAUUUGGUGCAUGAACAAAAUAUAAUGCAGAUCCAUUACAGGGAAAACUGGAAGUACAGUGGGCGUUGGACCACAGAUAUCCAGCACUCAGUACUCUGGCAAUUAGGGAAAUACAGGCAGUGUUAGCGCAGCCUCUGGGAUCUGUGGACUGAAUCAAACAGAAUAUGUCCACAUGUUCACUGCUCACAGGUGAUGUUCACUCCUCUUCCGAUGAGAUGUUGAAUAGUAGUCCUGUCUGUCUGUUUGAUUUGCACAUUAUGACCUUGAAGUGCUUGAAAAGAACUUGCUGUACAUGAAAAGUUUUUUUUGUGAUGUGGAAUUGGAUACCAUUUAAAUGCAAAUCAUUCUUUUAAUUGUUCUAUCUUAGAAAACAUGUACAAUUUGCACUGUAGUUGUACGUGAAUCAUAGCUACUGAACUUGUUUUUCUUCUUUAGUCAUUGAUAAAUGUUCAAAUUAGAUUUUUGUGCAGUUAUUUGUGACUUUAAC